CUUCCCCGGCCGGACUCCGAGGACUCCUGGCUCAGCUUGCGCCCCCACAACUCCAUGCAGCUUCGCGGACCGGAUUCUCUUUGUUCCUGCAGCGGGCGCGUCGCUCUGGCUUGAUUGGCUGCGCUAAGACCGCUCGACGCUCUCCUUUCUCACGCUGCGGUCUCCCCCAGCGCUCGCUCAUAUUAAGCCUGCCGCCUACUCUGUUAUUUCCAACGGUUCGUGGCCUUUUCUUUUCAUUCAGCGCACUUCAAUUGACCCAGAUACUCCUUGCAGAGAGGUCUGGUAGUUGCUUGAUUGCCUUUUGUUCAAGAGACACUAGUCUGUUAUAAUUUAUUUCUUUUCACAUCGCGAGCCCCUUAAUCUCUCGCCAUCUCCUUCACAAUGGCCCCAGCAAAGUUGGAAGAGGAGAACCACCAGCGCGAUGCUGAGUUCAACCGCGCGAUGCAUGGCAAGUCUGCUGAGAGCCGUGGAGGUCUCGCAGCCAUGCGCAGCAAGGAUUCUAAAGCGCAGAAGGCUGCUGUUGAUGAGUACUUUAAGCACUGGGACAACAAGUCCGCGGAGGAAGAGACUGAAGAGAUCAGAGAGGCGCGACGAGCUGAAUACGCCACGUUGACGAGACACUAUUACAAUCUUGCUACGGAUUUCUACGAGUAUGGAUGGGGAAGCUCAUUCCAUUUCUGUCGAUUCAACCGUGGCGAGCCAUUCCUCCAGGCUAUCGCUCGUCACGAGCACUAUCUGGCUCUUCAGAUGGGUCUGAAGGAAAACAUGAAGGUGCUGGAUGUUGGCUGUGGUGUUGGCGGUCCUGCUCGUGAGAUGGUCAAGUUCUCCGGUGUCAAUGUUGUCGGUCUGAACAACAACGACUACCAGAUUCAGCGAGCUACGAACUACGCUGCCCGCGAAGGCCUCUCCGACAAGUUGAGCUUCAAGAAGGGCGACUUCAUGCAGAUGUCCUUCCCCGACAACACCUUCGAUGCUGUCUAUGCGAUCGAGGCUACCGUGCAUGCGCCCAGCCUGGAGGGCGUCUACAGCCAGAUCUUCCGUGUCCUGAAGCCUGGUGGUGUGUUUGGUGUCUACGAAUGGCUUAUGACUGACGAGUACGAUAACAACAACCCCGAACACCGCAAGAUUCGACUAGGGAUCGAGCAGGGUGACGGUAUCUCAAAUAUGGUCACGGUCUCUGAAGGUCUCGCCGCUUUCAAGGCUGCAGGAUUCGAGCUUAUCCACGCUGAGGACCUCGCAGAACGCCCUGAUGAAAUCCCGUGGUACUACCCCCUUGCCGGCUCGUGGAAGCAUUUGACCUCGCCGUGGGAUGUCCUUACCAUCGCCCGUAUGACCUGGUGGGGACGUGGUAUUGCCCAUCGCUUCGUUGGUGCUAUGGAAAAGAUUGGGCUCUUCCCCAAGGGGUCUCAGAAGACGGCUGACAGUCUGGCCUUGGCGGGUGACUGCCUGGUCGCUGGUGGUGAAAAGAAGCUGUUCACUCCUAUGUACUUGAUGGUCGGACGAAAACCGGAGUGAACGUUGACGAGGUUCUGAAUUGCCUUCCUUCUAUUCUUUUCCGGCACGGGUCUUACUUCUAGCGGACAUCAGAAUCGGUGUCUGCGAUUCUGUUUCAUGCAUUGCCUUCUUCCCCGGAUACUCAAAAUUACUGUAAUAUUUCUUUUAGUUGUUCUCUUUUCGAUUGCACCUUUCCCUGCAACUGGACGGGCGAACAGGUCGACCUGUGCAUUAUGUUACUAUAGCGCUUCAAGAUUCACUGUGUCCUGAACUCAUGUAUGUAUAUGGUAGUAAAGCCAGUGGCAGAAUGAACCAAGAUAAUCAUGUCUUAAUCUGAACUGUUCCUUCUAUUUCAAAUAUCCUUGCCAUGUUAUUAAAGUCCG